GGGAAGUCAAUUCCAUAGCCUAACUGCAGAAACCUUUAAGGUGGAUUCGUCAAGAAAGGAGGAGUUAUGAGAUGGGAUUUCAAGGAUAUAGUUUUAAGCUAUUGUUAUGGGCUCCCAAAAAUUUGAAGUAAUUUUUAGAUAGGAAGGCGUUUUCGGGUUAAACAUAAUGGAAUAUAAGAGAUGCCAUUACUUUACUCUGCUUAGGAUUAAUUAGUAGACCAAAACUUUUACUCCAGUCAACGAUUUUUGCCAACACAUAGUUAGUAGAUUGUAUGGGUUGCGGGAGAUCAUUGAGCCUUAAUUGAACUUAAAUUUGAAGAUUAUUGACGUAUGAAUGAAAAUUAGUUGAAAAAAGGAAAGUUAACGAGUUGAUAUAAAUUGCAAAAAGAAGAGGAGAAAGUUCUCGGCCUUGCGGAAGUUCUCGGCUAUAUAGUUCACAGACAAGAGUUAUCACAUAUAAUCAUACCCACCGCCACUUAAUUCUUAUGCUCUGUGGAGUUACGGUUAAUAUAAUUAAAUGAAAAUUGAAAAUGUGAAGUCAAGACUCGAGAGUAUGAUUUUUUUGACUCGACGUUUCAAAACUUUAAGUUUCCACUAAGAGCAAUGAAGUAGAUUAUUUUAUUUGUAAUUGGUAAUAAUUCUGAUUUUGCAAUUAUAUUUGUUAAUAGUACUAAAUUACCUUACUAAAUGGAAAAAUUGAAUUCAACUAUUCACUCAUCUUUAUCUACUGUGCUGCUUAAAAAAAUGACAAAAAAUUGUAUAAACACAAUCGCAGAUUUUCUUAAAGAAGAUGUUGAAAAGAUAUCAAUUAUUACAAAAUUAGAAGUAGCUUGUGUAUUAGAUAUACGAGAUAUUAUUUUUAAAAAAUAUUCCGCCCCAUCAAUCUCUGGGACUACUUUACGCACCAGAUUUUUAACUGAAAAAAGCUAUCUGGAAACUGGUAUUAAAAGAUUAGAUACAAUUUUAAAUGGGGGCAUUCCAAUUGGAUUUCUAACUGAAGUGUGUGGCUUAGCCGGUUCUGGGAAAUCCCAGUUAUGUAUGCAACUAGCAAUUAACAGUGCAAAGUUGUCUAAUUCUGUAAUUUACAUUGAUACAAAAGGAGAUUUUUCAGCAGUUAGAAUUCAAAAAAUCUUAGAAGCUCAUGGGCUAUCACACAAGGAAAUGGCAAUUAUCAUGCUGAACAUCAAUAUAGUGCAAAUUUUUUCAAUGAAUGAUCUUAUAUGCUUGUUAGAAUCUAUAAAAACUAAAAAGAUAGUUUUUGAUUGUUUAUCUCUUGUAAUACUAGAUUCACUACCGUGUUUAAUGUUCCAGCAUUUUGGAGACAAUAAUAAAAUUGGUUUGAAGUUUCUUAACAUUUUUGUUAACCUUGCAAGAUGUAUUAGUAAUGAAUUAAGGACAUGUUUUAUAUGUGUUAAUAUUGAAACCAGAUGGGUAGAUCAAGAACGAGGACGAUAAUUUUGGAGAACCUGCUUACUGCGAAAUAAAAAAUAGGUGUUUGGGAAAGUACUGGCGUCAUAUUCCUGUUCAGGUGUUAUCCCUUCAAAAAACAUUUGAAUCAGAUACUAAAAGUUACAUAAAUAUAAAAGUAAUAGCUGAAAAUUAUAAUA